AUGUGUUCAUUGUCUUAUCAUAAACUUAGUGUCCAAGAUAUUCGGGGUCAAGGAUAUGAUGGAGCUAGUAACAUGCAUGGAGAAUGGAAUGGGUUGCAAGCUUUAUUAUUAAAGGAAUGCCCUUAUGCUUAUUACAUACAUUGUUUUGCUCAUCAAUUGCAAUUGGCUCUAGUUGCAGCGUCUAAAGAUGUGACCGACGUACAUAACUUCUUCAAAACUUUAAACUUUAUAGUUAAUGUCAUAACUUCUUCUUCCAAGCGUCAUGAUCAAUUGCAAGAUGCUCAGAUUGCUGAAAUUUCUCAUUUAAUUGAGGUUGAUGAGAUUGAGAGUGGAAAAGGAAAAAAUCAAAUACGAACACUACAAAGACCUGGAGAUACUAGGUGGAGUUCUCAUUUCAAAUCAAUAUGUAGUUUGAUGAGACUUUUUGGUCCAUCUUGUGUAGUGUUGACUGACAUUGCUACAAAAGGUUCUACAUCUUCUCAAAAAGGUGAUGCAAUAUUUGCACUUAAACAUGCAAUGUCAUUUGAUUUUGUCAUUGUUUUGCAUAUGAUGAAAGAUAUAAUGGGGAUAACUGACAAGCUUUGCCAAUCUUUACAACAAAAAUCUAUAGAUAUUAUUAAUGCAUUGGCCUUGGUUUCCACAACAAAAAUAUUGCUUCAAAAACUAAGAGAUGAAGGUUGGCAAUCACUUUUGGAUCAAGUGGUUUGUUUUUGUAAAAGAAGUGACAUUUUGGUCCCUGAUAUGAAUGAGACCUACAAACAUGUAAUUCGGACACGGCGUGAUAAAGACAAUAUCAUUAUAGAGCAUCACUACCGAGUUGAAUUGUUUAUUGCUGUUAUUGCCAGUCAGUUACAAGAGUUGAAUUCUAGAUUUAAUAAGUCUGUAACAGAGCUUCUCCGUCUCAGUGUUGCACUAGAUCCAAAAAAGUCCUUGAAUGUUGAAGAUAUAUGUAAAUUGGCAACAACUUAUUAUCCUUUGGACUUUAUAGAGCAAGAAAUUCAUUUGUUGAAACUUGAGUUACGACAUUAUGAGUUAGAUGUGCGCAAUCACCCACAAUUGACAAAUUCUUCUACACUUUCUGAGUUGUGCAUGGGUCUACAUGAAACUAGAAAGGCUGGUACUUAUCCUUUGUUUGACAGAUUGAUUUGCAUUAUAUUGACGCUUCCCGUUUCUACUGCGACAUCUGAAAGAACAUUCUCAGCAAUGAAAAUCAUGAAAACCCGACUUCGGAAUACCAUGAAUGAUGAUUUUCUUAAAAGUUGUAUGCUUAUUAACAUUGAGAGAGAGAGAGAGAGAUUGUUGAAACAUUUUCCACAGAUAAACUUAUAG